AUGGCCAUCAACGACACGCGGCGUCUGACACUGAUCGCGUCGUGUUUGUCCGUGCUCCUGGCCCUUGCGGCCGGCGCGCGCCUGCCGAGCAUCCACGCCGGCGCCGGGGACGACGCCGCCGCCGCCGCCGCCUUAUUUAUUCCUAGUCCCUUGGAGGGCCUAGCUGCCGCAUCCAACGCCGGGCGCGACGAAGCCCGGGCUCCCGGCUUCGUGAGGACGAUCGGGGCGCGGUUCAUGCUGGGCGGCCGGCCGUUCUACUCCAACGGGUUCAACGCGUACUGGCUCAUGUACAUGGCGUCCAACCCCGGCGACCGGAGCAAGGUGAUCGACACGCUGGACCAGGCGUCCCGCCUCGGCGCCAAGCUCGUCAGGGCCUGGGCCUUCAACGACGGCGGCAGCAGCCGGCCGCUGCAGAUCGCCCCCGGCGUGUACAACGAGGACACCUUCCUGGGACUGGACUUCGUAAUCGCUGAGGCGAAGAAACGAGGGGUCUACUUGAUCCUCAGCUUGGUGAACAACUGGAAUGAUUUUGGCGGGAAGAAGCAGUACGUGCAGUGGGCCAGAGACCAGGGCCAUAACCUGGGCUCCGAUGAAGAUUUCUUCACCGAUAGCCUCACCCAACGCUUUUACAUGAACCACAUCAAGAGGGUCCUCACAAGAGUUAACAACUUCACGGGGGUCGCGUACAAGGAUGAGCCGACCAUCUUCGCAUGGGAGCUCAUGAAUGAGCCUCGCGUCCAGAGCGACCUCUCUGGAAAGACUAUGCAAGAUUGGGUGACGCUGAUGUCCGCCUACGUCAAGUCCAUCGACGCCAACCACAUGGUGGAGAUCGGGCUCGAAGGGUUCUACGGUGAGUCCGUGCCCGACCGUAAGAAGUUCAACCCAGGCUACACCGUCGGCACCGACUUCAUCUCCAACAACCGCAUCCCUAGUGUUGACUUCGCUACCAUCCAUUCCUACCCUGACCAAUGGGUGUCGGGGUCUAGCAACGAGGCGCAGGUGGAGUUCAUGAGGAAGUGGAUGGCGUCACACAUCGAGGACGCGGCGAAGGAGUUCCAGAAGCCGUUGAUCGUGUCGGAGUUUGGCUGGUCUGCACGGUCAAAUGGGUAUACAGUGGCGACACGUGAUGACUACUUCCGCAUGGUGUACGACUCCAUCUACGCGUCUGUGAAAGAGGGUGGGCCGUGCGCUGGGGGUCUCUUCUGGCAGGUGAUGGCGCCUGGGAUGGAGGGAUGGGCAGACGGCUACGAGGUCGUGCUCGAGCGCUGCCCUACUACCACUGCCAUCAUCUCCCAAGAGUGUGCAAAGAUCGACGGCUUCAUGCCAAGAGUCUAGCUUGGAUCAAUGCAUUCAUUCCGUU